GAGGAGGAGCUGUGCAAGUGGUACGAGAGCUUCCGGAAGCAGUGCCCCGACGGGCGCAUCAGCCGCGCCGAGUUCGAGAAGAUCUACGCCAACUUCUUCCCCAAGUCGGACCCGCAGGGCUACGCCCGGCACGUCUUCCGCAGCUUCGACACCAACGACGACGGCACGCUCGACUUCCGGGAGUACAUCAUCGCCCUGCACCUCACCUCCUCCGGCAAGACCCACCUCAAGCUCGAGUGGGCCUUCUCCCUCUUCGACGUGGACCGCAACGGCGAGGUCAGCAAGAGCGAGGUGCUGGAGAUCAUCUCG